AUGUCUCGGAAUUGCUCUAUUUUCGCAACUUACAAGUGUUCAGUGGUCACUGCCAUAGAACAUAAAUGCUGUAAGAAACUCGGUCUUCCUAAUCCUUCAUCAAUAAGAGAUAAUGUUUUUGAUUGGCACAAGGCAAACAGAUACAAUCUCAAUGUUCUCCCAAACUUUCAUGGUGGUAAGGAUUGGGAAGUUUGGAAGAUCAUAAUUCUCAUCUUCGAAAGCAAAAUUUUGCUUGGUUCUCUGGAAGAUGAUGCAGGCAUCAUGAAGAGGAGUUUGGUGAAUUUAGCUUUGGUUUCAAGAGAGAGUUUGGCAAAAUUAGUUUGA